UGAAAAUGAAGAAGAGAAGGUGGUGGUAGUGGCGCAACGCCAGAGCGAGGAAGUUGUUGGGGAAGAGGAGAAGGCAGAAGAAGUCCUGGACAAAAGUCCUGAGCCGAUCAUUGAUGAAGUGGUCGUCGGUGACCAGUGCGCUGAGGAUGAGCCAAAGGAGGUAAAGGAGGAGGAGGAGGAGGAGGAGCAGGCUCCCGACGAUAGCCUCCAAGCUGAAGCGAUUCGAGAAGAGGAGGAAAAAGUGAAGGACGAAGGAGAAAAAGAAGGUGCGGAAAGCAAGCCCGCCAAUGAUGAAGUGGAUGCCGGCGACACUGACAAAGCUGAAGUGACUCAACAUCAUGAGAAUGAGGAAGUUGUUGAAGAGGAGGAGGAAAAGGAAGAGGAAAAAAGUCCCGAGCCAAUCACUGAUGAUGAGGUAGUGGUGGUCGUCGUCGACGAGGACGAGGACGAGCUGGCCGGUGACACUGACGCCCAAGUGGCCCAACUUCUGAGCGAGGAAGUUGUUGUUGUGGAAGAAGAAGAGGAGGAGGAGAAAAGUCCCGAGCCGAUCAUCAUCGUCGACGACCAGCCGUUGGCCGGCGACACUGACGCUGAGGUCGCAAAGGCGAUGGAAGAGGAGGAGGAGCAGCAGCAGAGCCCAGCGUUGGUUCCCACAGCCGAAAAUCAUUCGGAUAAGAUUCAAGAGGAGGAGGAAAAAGAAGAGGUGGAAAAUGGCUCCUCUUCGGAAGAAGAAGAAAAGGCUGAAACUGAUGAGGAGGAGGAGGAGUUUGAGGCAUCGGCGCCGAUGCCUGCGGUCGAUGAUGAGCCGCUACA